GGAACAGGGGAGCGAGGGAGGAAGGAGAAGUGCAGUCACGAGAUGGGAAAGAAUAAAAGCUCCUGACUGGGAGACAGGUGACGCUGCCACGGCCGACGCGUUCCCGGUGCCGAUCCCGGAGGAUGAACAAGCCCACGGACCUGCAGCACGACCUGGAACGCAGCCUGCCGGCCAUCGCCUCCAUCAGCUCCUCCCUCUCCCAGAGCCAGGGCUUCUCCCCCUACUUCUUGUCCCCGGAGAAGAGGAAGGUCAUCUCGGACGUCAGGAGGACCUUCUGCCUCUUCGUCACCUUCGACCUGCUCUUCAUCUCCCUGCUCUGGAUCAUCGAGCUCAACACCAAGGACGGCAUCCAGAAGAACCUGAAGGAUGAAGUCGUCAAGUACAAGUUCAAGAGCUCUUUCUUUGACAUAUUUCUCCUGGCCCUGUUUCGGUUCGUGGUGCUGCUCCUGGGCUACGCCGUCGUCCGCCUGCGCCACUGGUGGGUCAUCGCGGUCACCACACUGGUCUCCAGUGCCUUCCUGAUUGUGAAGGUCAUCCUCUCCGAGCUUCUGACCAAAGGGGCUUUUGGCUACUUGCUUCCCAUCGUCUCGUUUGUCAUUGCCUGGCUGGAGACCUGGUUCCUGGACUUCAAAGUCCUGACUCAGGAGGCAGAAGAGGAGCGAUGGUACCUGGCAGCCCAGGCUGCGGCCUCACGGCCCCUGCUCUACCCCCGGGCCCUCUCUGAGGGGCAGUUCUACUCCCCCCCCGAGUCCUUCGCAGGGUCGGACAACGAGUCAGAUGAGGAAGGCACAGGGAGAAAGGCCUUGACAGCUCAGGAAAAGGAGUACGUCCGACAAGGCAAGGAGGCCAUGGAGGUCGUGGACCAAAUCCUCGCCCAGGAGGAGAACUGGAAGUUCGAGAAAAACAAUGACUUUGGUGAUGUUGUUUACACUUUUGAGAUCCCUUUCCACGGCAAGACCUUUAUUUUAAAGGCUUUCCUGCAGUGCUCUCCCGAGCUGGUUUACCAGGAGGUGAUUCUGCAGCCGGAGAAGAUGAUCCUGUGGAACAGAACAGUGGCAGCGUGCCAGAUCUUGCAGCGGAUCGAGGACAACACGAUCGUCUCGUACGACGUGGCGGCCGGCGCUGCCGGAGGGGUGGUUUCCCCGAGGGAUUUCGUGAACGUGCGUCGGAUCGAGAGGAGAAGGGACAGGUACGUUUCCUCAGGGAUUUCGACCACGCACAGCCUGAAGCCUCCUCUCUCCAAGUACGUCAGGGGUGAGAAUGGACCCGGAGGCUUCAUCGUCCUGAAGUGUCCCAGCAACCCCAGGGUCUGCACCUUCAUCUGGAUCCUCAACACGGACCUGAAGGGUCGGCUGCCGCGGUACCUGAUCCACCAGAGCCUGGCUGCCACCAUGUUCGAGUUUGCCUUCCACCUGCGCCAGCACGUGGCCGAGCUCUGCUCCAAGCCCUGAGGACAUUCCACGGCCCUCUCUGCUCUGGAAGGGGGGAAGACAGGACCCUGAAAAUCCCCUCCCAGAGAGGGGACCCCUCACUGCCAGG